AUGAAGAUCCAUCUCAAUCAAACAUUUAAUUAUAUUCAAGUUUUUACUGAUCUUCGUACGUUCGCAGCCUAUCUCGAUGGUACAUUUAUUGUGCAAAAAAUUGUAUGUAUCGUAAGUGGUAAAUUGGCAAAAUUUCUAUGCGACGUUGCUAGAAUGUGUCCGCAAUGUCAAUAUGUUUAUGAAUUACAACUGGAAGAUGAGCCAUUGUCGCUAGCGAAUUCACAUGCUUCGCAUGUGUUUGACAGUGUCGAUGGGUUAUUCGCCCAUAUGAAAUGUCUGCUUGUUGACGAAGAGAAAGAGAAGAAAGUCGAUGAAGAAUCAUUGUCACUGAGCAUCUUCAGUUCGAGUUGGACAGAUGAGUCGUUUCUAAAUUUAAGCAAGGGAUCACUGAAGUUUCUUCUGUUUCAAGUGUGCAUUGAAGUAUUGCAUAGUACGCAAUCUGAUCCCAAUUCAAUGGCGGAUAUGUUAGGCUAUUGUCGCCGCCAGUACGAGCACAAUACAGAUGAACUGUACAAAAUAGAUGACUUUCAUACCACUUAUCGUUCAGAUAAAGCCAUUUUUCAUUACACUAAAGAUUCGUUUGUCUUUCGAGAGGUAAAUCGAGCGUUUCGAUCCGAGGAUAUUGAGCGCAUGUUCACCUUUCGUCGAUACAUAACAGAUCUACAUCGGCAAUUGGUUCAGAAAACUAAUAGACAGGAGUCCAUCCCGUCUCAAAACACAAUGCGAUUGUAUCGAGGCAACAAGUUAUCGACCUAUGUUUUACAACAAUUAAAUGAUAACGUUGGUUGCCUCAUUUCUAUAAAUAGUUUCCUUUUAACUACGGAAGAUCGUGAUGUUGCAAAAAGAUUUGCUAGGGUUGACCACAGUAUAAAUGGCUAUGAGAGUGUUCUGCUCGAACUGUGCAUUGAUAAUACGAUGAGCAGUAAACGGCCGUAUGCUAACAUCAGACAGAUCAGUAGGACUGAAGAUGGACACGAAAUUCUCUUUUCCAUAGGGUCUGUUUGGCGAAUUCAAUCGAUGGAAAAUAGUGAUGAUAGUGUUUGGACAAUCCAGCUACGAUCAUGCUGUGAUUUGGAUUCUCAGUUGGCCGAAAUUUAUGAAAAAUUUACAGAUGGUUGCACUUUUUUCUCAAUGGGAAAUAUUUUACGUGAGCUUGGCGAGUAUGAGAAUGCCAAAGCGUUCUACUAUCGUAUGCUAGAACAUCGUGAUCUUCCAGAUGAAACUCGUGCUCAGGUCUACUAUAGCAUUAGAACGUUAGCUAAUGAACAGGAUAAAUACUCGGCUGCACUCGAAAAAUUUGGCCAAGCAGCAAAUUUGCUCCAGUCAUCAGCAACACCAUACGAUAAACGGCUAGCGAGCAUCCCACCGCUCCGCGCACACAAUAUUUUAUCCUCUCAACUGCGUGUGCUGAACAGCAUGGGUCUACUGUAUCAUAAGAUCGGUGACUAUGAACGUGCACACAAAUCAUUCACAAAAGCACUUGACGAACAGGGCUGCGCAAUCGAUAUAGCCAUAGUUCACAACAAUUUAGGUCUACUCGAACUUUAUCACGGACACUAUGAACCAGCUCGUAAACAGCUUAAUCAAGCAGUUGAACUGGCCAAAGAUCAUGAGCGGGUGAGAGAAUUCAAGCAAAAUCUGGACGCUGUCAAUCACCGCCUCUUCAGAUGA